AUGCAUCUUGAACUUGUCGUUUUGGCUCAUCUUGCCGCCUCGGUGAGCGGUCUUGCUAUCGCAAAUGGCGGGAACAAGCUAGUCCACGCUCGCGAUGAACCGGUUGUUGGAGAUGCAUGCGAGGCCUUGGAUGGUAGCACCUCCGCGAGUGAAUGGGUGAAUCUCAGCCCUUGGCCCACUGAGAAAACUUGUCCGACUGAAAACACUAGCAAGGGUACCUUGAUUCAUGUCAAAGGCGACUGUAUCGUGAUCAAUGGUUCCAACCGCUGCGAGCCCCUGGGCAUGAUGCCAAAAUACGAUAACGGGGAUUUAAAUGACGCCUACCGUCUAGAUGUCGCCGAUCAACAACAAGGUGUUAGCACCGUUAGCAUUUAUGCCGGGUUCAUUGGUAGCACUGAUGCAACAUCGGUUCCUGAUUGCCAGCUCACGGCAGCAUGGCCUAGCGUCUGGGGUGAUCUGGACUUCAAGGACAACUGUCUCACGGAUCGCAGCGGAGAGUGGAAGCAGUGCUGUCAGCCCACCGCGGGACUUGAAGCUGUCGCCAAUCCAUACGCUCCUGUCGAGAUUGAUUUGGGGUCCUACCAUUAG